UCGAUAAAGUCGUCCCUGGAGUGGUCGUCCUGAUCCGUUAUGUGGGGAGAGUGCUCGAUGGCGUUUUCAAGAGGAACAUUAUAAAGGAAGCUCCCUUGCUCUUGGAUUGCCAAAAGGCCAGCGAGGAAGAAGUGAACCUGUCAGCUCGACUUUGGGAAAAAGAAGAAAUGGUAUCGCUAACGUGCGGAGGUCCGCCGCCAUUACCACCAGGCAAGAGACUGCUACACCGCGCAAGUCGAAAGCUUGGCGUUAGUCCGACUUACCGGAGCUUUCGCGAUCCCAGCCUCGAGGCAUGGAUCCCGCCAAGUCAGCGGGUCAGUACACCAACGACGUCCUCGCACGACGACGCCGACGAUGUCGAUGACGUCGAUGGAUUUGAUCUUGGUGACGUCAAGCUCAUCGAUGACACGAAUACCACUCGAGCGGGCAGCAGGCCAACGGAACGUGCGAGUGUUUACUCGUCGUCGAGCGCAUUGACAAGUCCGUCGCGCGGGCGGCCGGUGCAGCAGCAACAGCAGCAGCAACAGCAGCGCGGAAAGCCAAGCGGCGUCAACCUGUUUCGCAGUCAUUCCGAGGGCAACUUGACUGCGUCCGCGCGGGGUAAAAAGCAGAUGUCGUCGCCGACUGCCGCCGCCGCCGCCGCCGCCACGCCUCUGGAUCGCUGCAUCAAGGCGAUCUACGGCAGUUGGCGCAACCUCAUGCAGCUCGGCGGUAUGAGUCGGCCGUCGAAAGCAGUAACGCAGGCAAAGAAGGUGGCGCCGCCCGCAGUCCCGAGCGACUUCCGGCACUCGGGCUCGUCGUUCGGCUCGGCCGGCUACGCUAGCAGCGAGGACGGCUGCGGAGGCGGCUACGGCAUCCCCGGCGGCGUAGGCCCCGGCACAGCCAUCGCGAUGCAGAACCUCGGCUCCUCCGCUCAUCCGCAAGCGCCGACCAGCAAUAAUGGCUCGUCCGCGGGCGACGACUCCUCCUACGGGAUGCCCGCCGGCAAGAGCCCUGGACCCAUGUUCACUCACCCUGGAUUCUCCUUUCCACCAAUGGUCGGCAAAUACGCUCACGCCGAGGACCAAGGAAUCGACAUGACGCAGAGUCCCGGCAGGGACAGUCCAGGAAGCUCGGGCUCAGGCUCGGGUUCCCGCCACUCGACGGCUUCGCUCGACUCGGGUCGUGCCUCGGGCUAUCAUCUGGGCGGACCACGCAGCGCAGGAUCGUCGGCGCUCACCUCCUCGCCGAGGUGCUCGAUCAGCUCCUUGGGCUCGCACCCCGAUCGGCCCAACGAUCUCGACGUCGUUCACGCUUGGCUCGCCGAGCUGCAGUUCGACGAGUACUUUCCCAACUUUGCGUCGGCUGGUUACGACUUGGCUACGAUCACGAGGAUGACGCCCGAGGACCUCACUGCCAUUGGUAUAAAGAAGCCGAAUCACAGGAAACGCCUGAAGGCCGAGAUCGACAACCUGAACGCGGGCGACGGCCUUCCCGAGCACGUGCCCGGAUCGCUCGAGGAGUGGCUGCGGCUCUUGAGGCUCGAGGAAUACCUCGGCGCUCUGCACCAGCAGGGCAUGAGGAGCGUCGACGACGUGACCACGCUCACGUGGGAGGACCUCGAGGACAUCGGCAUCGUGCGGCUGGGCCACCAGAAGAAAUUGCUGCUGGCCAUCAAGCGGAUCAAGGACAUCAAGGCCGGCAAGCGCAUCCAGCCGCUGGACCUCGCCAGACUGCCGCCGCAUCCUGGACAGACGCAGGACGUGAUCAUUCAGCGUGGCGUGCCGGACCUGCCAUCGCCCGACGAGGACUGCUCGUCGCCGAUCCUGAGGUCGUUCCAGCGCCCCGCCGACACCGGCCACAACGCGUCCAGCUCCAGCAGCAACUGCAACAGCAGCAGCAGUAACAGCAGCGUCAACAGCGUGGCGCUGGGCGGCAACGUCAGUUGGCGCAGCAUGUACGCCGCGCUGCCAGGCGGCCUCGACUACGCCACCAUCGGCCGCAACAACAGCGCCAACUCGCGCGGCAAGUCGCUCGAGAGCCUCGAGGACGUGCCGCUCGGCUAUCCGCCCUCGCCGGCGCCGCAGACCCACGCGCCGCAGAUACUCGACUGGCGGCCGCGCAGCUACGACGACGGCGACCUCACGCCGACGAACGACCACCACGCGAUCGUCAUCGAGAACAUUGGCGGCGGCACGCUGCCCAGGCCACGACACUGCUUGGUCAGACCGAGGCCCGUCGCCAAAACCUUCUUUCCGCAGAUCCAGGCGACGCAAAGCUCGUACAAAUCGCUGCCGCGUGACUUCGACAACACGAACAAGUAUCAGCUGACCUACGGUCACGACAGCAGUCCCAGUCUGAUCAAGCGGCGUCCGCCCUCGCCGCCGCGACGCCUCAGCUCGCGUGACUUGAGCUCCAAUCAGAGCGUCACCAGCAACAACGGUGACAUUGUGAUCGACUGCAGCGGCCCCGUGCCCACGACCACUUGCGACGAACAUCACCAGCGAAUGGUGCAGCCGCAUCACUAUCCUCAGCACAUCAUGUCGACACCGCCGAGUCAGGCGCAAACCUCACCGCCGGCAAGCUCCACGCCAGUGCAACUCAGUCGACCGCCGUCGUCCAUGUCGCGCAGCUGGGGCAGCGUACCCGCCAAUCCGAACGAGGAGCACGAGCUCAUCGCCACUCUUGCCCUGCAGCAUCGCAACGGUUCCGAUGCUAGUUUUAAGUCGAGUUCGAGCACGGAAUCCGACUCUUUGCCCUUCGCCAACGAGAACGCCGGUACGAUCAAGCAGCGAGCAGCCCGUGCUGCCCAAGAGUACGCCAACAGUCCGAGUCACAUGAUCUCACAGCAGCAGCAGCAUCAUCAUCUUCAUCACCAUCAUCAUCAUCAUCAUGCCACGGCUCCAUCAGUCAGCGCAAGCAACGAGCCCGUCGACGUGCUCAGCGAUAUCGGCAAUAUGCUGACCAAUCUCACCAACGAGCUCGACGCAAUGCUCGAGGAAGAGAAACGUCAGGGUCUGAAUCCAUAAUUAUGGACAUCGAUACCGCUAAUGCUGUUGCUACUACUACUAUUACUACUACUAUUAGUACUAUCGUUGUUGCCAUGUAAGGGACACAGGACCGGGAUAUUACUAAUGAUACUACCGCCACCGCCUCUGCUGCUACUGCUGCUGCUGUUGCUGCUGUUUUUCACUGACGAGAAAGGAUCGCGUGUUGUAUGACGACGGCGUUUAUAUAUGAAACAGAGGACUUUUCUGAGAUGCUUUUUUAAAUAAUACGACUGACUUACUCUUGAGGACCAUGACUUGCUGAAUAUAAAUGAUUUUUUAUCGGAUGAAAAAGGACGGCCAUGGAGGAGUGGAAAGUUAAAAUAACGUUUACGCGUCUAUUCAGUCAGUUUUUGAAUGUAGCUUUGACCUUUUUCACUAAUCCACUGAUUCUAUAUCGAAUUACGGACAAAACAAUAGAUUUUUAUAACUACAGAUUUUUAUAAAAGUUCUUAAAAAAUAUAGAUUUUUAUACAUCGUACUGCUUCACGCAAGCAAAUUAAUCUUAUAUUAUCGUAAGCUAAUGAAAAUUUUUUCAACAAAUGAUACGUAACAAAAACACUACCCAUUCAGUGACUAAAAAAAAAUUUUCGAUUGACUUUUUCAUGAAAAAAAAAGUUCUCUAGCAUUUACUAUGACGACAAAAAAGCUUUCUACAUCUUCCGCUCCUUUUUCGAAAAUUUCAUCUACUCAGCAGGUCGAUGAUACAACUCUUGUUGAAAGAAGAUACCUUUUUGCACAAUCAAUAAACACCUUGGUGCCCUUUUAGAUACAUGUUUAUAAAGACCGACCGUCUAACUGACUACUACGCAUUUACUUUUUAGUUUUUUUAUAUGUUAACGUAAUACGUACGACUAAGGCGAUACGAUACAUUUUUGUAUUACGUGACUAAAUCAGUACAUUCCACACAAUGUAUUUAAUUUCCCCGCUUCCGUCCUUUCGAAGCCAGCAACAGUUUUGUCGAAAAUGAAUACAAUUUUUCUUACAUAUUUGCUACAGAUAGAAGUUACGUAGAGUUUCGCCGUUAUAGAUGUGAUAUUUAUAAAGAAGACCAUAUGCGUGCGAUACUAUUACAAUAAAAAUAAUACCAUGAAAUACAUAACUUUCUACGUCAACUUUUUUAGCAAAAGACAUUCAGUGAAUCCUCUAUCUUAUAGACAAUUUAAAAGCAAACUACAUUAUCGAAUUCCAAUUUGUAUUCAUUGCAGUAAAUGAAUUUACGCGUAACUUUGCGUAAAAAAAGUGAUGUAAGAUUGCUUUAAACUAAAAUUACAUUAUUACAGCCGAGUAAAUAACUCUCCAACUAAAUAAAGUGUAAUUGAAAUUAAUUUGGAAUAUACUGUUUUUUGUAGAUUAAUUUUUAUAUUGUGUACGAAUUCAAAAAAUCAAGCGAGAGUUAAAUUAAAAUAAAAAAAACAUUGCAAUGAAAUAAUACAGUCGAUUACAUUUUAUAAAUAGAUGAUGAAUCUUGCACAUAACUAAGCAAAAAUUUUAUGCGCGAAAUAUCCGGAUCACAUAAUAAUUUUGCGUCAAUAUAAAUAGGUGCGUAGCUUAAUGCGACUGUGAAGAAACUACAAGUAAAAGCCAUUUCUCGAUGUCCUGUGUGCCUCGAUGUAACUGCAAACAUAAAGAAAGCGCCUCAAAAGUGCGAAACUAUAACGAGAGACAACUUAAAUGUAAGAUCGCAGAGAAUAAAAGAACGCAUUACUUAAGAUAAACUUAAAAUAUGUAAGUUUGAUCGAUUUAGUUCAAAGAAAAGCUACGAUGAAAAAAAAUAUAAACACGUACUCGUCGCGUAUUCGAGCUACAAACUUGUCUUGUUAACUAUUUUAGGUGUAUAGUUAUAUAUAUAGUAUAUUCUAUUAUAUGAAAGAAAUAUACCAUGGGUGAACAGUGAUUUUGACAAGAUUUCGCUUUACUAAAAUUUUUAAAAUUCGAACAACAAAUUCAGAAUGAUGAAAAAAUAAAACAAAACGUGUGUAAAGUAAGCAAAUGCAAAUCAUGCCAUGAAGCGAUUUUUACAAUAUACUGCGAAGCGUGGCAAAUAGAUUUAUUUGUUUCUAUACUUUUGUAAUGUACAGAAUUUAUUAGAGGGCGAUAGUUGUAACGAAAAAAUACGAGGUAAAUUAACAAAUAAGUAUGAAAUAUGUUAAGCGAUAGAGACUAUGUAUUAAACAUUUUUAGCAGUUUCUUUUCAGUUGAUCCUUUUCUUUUCUAUGACACGCCAUCAAUUCCUAUUAUUUGAAAAAAAACACAAAAAUCCUUGAAGACUUCGUAUAUGUUAUUUGUGCUCAUAAUGACAUUUUUAAACUCGAAGUCAUUGUUUUCAACAUGGUAGAUAAAAUUAUUAUAUAGACAAAUAGAUAUAUUAUAUUAAUUAUAGUUUUUGUACAAAGGUCCACGAUUGAACGUCGACUUUGCUGGCCGAGCGAUGCUGCUUAAGCACUCGCUUAUAAGCCUGCAUUGUACGCCACCAUCGUACGUCCCUUUUCCCUGUCGGUUUUAAUCUCACAAAUCAAAUGUGUCAGUUCGCUCCAUUGUGUGAUCGAUUAAAUGGAGAAGCAUUGUUUCAGCGGCUAUUACAAUGCAAUGUAUGUAUCAAUGACGAGUGAAAAAUCAAAUGAAGCGACUCCAUGGAGAAUAUUUGUCUGUACAUUGCGCGUUGAACGCAUUUCAACGAUGUAUUUCUACGUAUUUAAUCAUAAAUACCGUUUGAUUUUUCAAAUCAGUUUUAUUUUGUUAAGAGAAUUUAUUGUUUACGCGUAUUCUCUUGAUUUGUAAUCAUUGAAGGUGAUCGAUGGCAUUUGAAAUACGCUCUUGGCUUUUUAAUCGUGUAAAUAAAUGAAUUUUUUGAUUGUCUUGUAAACUUUCGUUCGAUAAUUUUAAGUAUCCUAAUUUUAAAUUUCGGGCUGAAAGUAAUGGAAAGCCUGUCGAGACGACAUAAAAGUACUAUUUUGAAAUUAACGUUAACAGAAAAUGACGACUUUCAGUAAUAACACACGUUCUAUACACUUGCCCAUUUGCAAGACUGAUUAAUACUUAACGAUUCAGGUACUGCAAUGUAACAACCACUAUUAGAGCACGUAUUUCGGAAGAAAAAAAAGCAUUUGUACAAUUUGCAGCGCUGCAAAUUGUUUUGUACUACAGCAAUGAAUGCACACUUAUGACAACUUUAACGACAUCCUUUUAUAUUAAUUUUAAAUAAAUACACGUGAAUCGAGUGUAUAAAAUUGUUAAUAGUUAAAAUGAUUUUACAUUAUAAUUUAAACAAAAAAGAAUGCAUCGUUUGUAACAGAUAUGUUAUUUAUUAUGUGAGUAUAAUACUAACUUUACAGCAAUAAAAAAUUAUAGCAAAAUGUCAAAACAACUUGUACUUUCAUCGUUCUCCCACACAUCUCAAAUUCGAUAUUUUUAUCGCAUACGUCAUUUGUUUCAAUUGAAUCAUAUAUUCUUUCAUGACGAUAUCUCAUUUCAAAUUAUUAUUUUCUGAAUAAUUUACUACUCGGAGGCUUGCUGCUUUUAUCAAACAAUUUUUGUGUCCAGCAAUACAAGUGGAAUAUGAUUAAAGUAAUUCACAUGUGCGAUACGGCUAAGAUAUAAAAUGAAAGUACGAAGUGAGUUUCUGAUUGAAGAUAAGUUUCUGCUUGUAAAUCAAAUCUCAAUUUCUUAAAACGCGGCUAACAAGCUUUCCAAUGAAAUGUCUUAUACUAAUUAAAAUUGAUUAAACGGAAGUUGGCAGGGUUUUGUGAAGCGCAAAUGCGUCGUAUUUGUAAUGGUAAACAAACGUCCACGACGGCAAUAUUAACAAAAGGAGAAUGAGAGGCCAAAUUAACUGGAUGAGCGUGUUUGUAGCGGUGCCAGCUUGCUCGAUUUAGUGAGGGUUCUGGACGGUCAGCCGAUAAUGAGCCAGACGACGACGCUUGUAUUACCUGUAUUAGUCCGAGGACGAGCAGUGACUGCAAAUGAGAUACACUGUUGAGCAGUCGCUGAUAAUAGAUGCCGCAAUCCUCAGAACUUCAUUGCCUGAUUACCAGCAGCU